UAAUUUUCAUCCAGUAAAUCGACCAGAAAGAGGAACCAGAGCCAACAUGUAGAAAUCUGUAGCAGAGAAAAGCCUCACAACGUUCACAGAGAGACACAGAAUGGCUCUGCUGGAGUUCGUUUUAAUUCUGCUGCUUCACGCUGAAGCAGGCGUCAGUGGAGGAAGAAUCGAUCUCUACAAUAAACCUGGAGAUGAGGUUGUUUUACCUUGUAACAGUAAACCAUCACCUUCCUCAUGUUCCAAUGUUAACUGGAUUUACACCAGAGAUCAAGAACGUGCAGCUGAAGAGGAGGUUGUAGAAGGAAAUGUUAAUAAAAACUCGGCUCGAGCUGCCAGACUGAGUGUGAACAGUAACUGCUCUCUGAUCAUCAACAACAUCACUGAUGAAGAUGUCGGUCAUUACAUCUGUGGAUAUUGGAAAAGUUUUGACAGCGACUCAUAUGUGUUUCUAAAUAUUCUGACUGUCUCUCCGUCUCCACCAGAUGCUGAUCUACAGAAGGAUGAAGUCACAUUAACCUGCUCUCUGUGGAGAUACAGUAACAUUAAUCCUUGUAAACAGAGCAGCUUCCGCUGGUUGGAUGAUGAAGGAACUGAGCUGCAAGAUGAAAGUGUUAAUUUCUACUUCAGACAGACAAACUGUGUUUCCAGCCUGACUGUAAAACAUCAGAGAGACGACAACAGAAGAUUCACCUGCCAGUUUGUUGAAGGAAACAGUGUGAAGAUAGAAGCUCACUACACACCUGAUUCUACAGACUCCACAGAACCAGCCUCCACAGACUGGUCUCCUCUGAGAGGCUUCAUGUGGACUCUGCGCAUCACAGGACUGAUUCUUCUGAUUGGAAUCACUGUUGUUGUUAUCAGAGGAGGAAGCAAAAAGCAGCUGAAAGACAGCAAAGUUUCUGAAGCUGCUGAUGAAGACGCAGUAACGUAUGAAAAUGUUGGAGAUCUUUCUGCUGCUCCCACACUGCGCUGAGCUUCAGGACAUCAAUGAAAACUCCGACAAACUAAAGAGAAUGAAAAUUAUUUCUGUUUAUCUUCUUUCAUGUUAAACAAUUUAUUUCUUCUGAAGCAUUUAAACUUUAUUUAAUUUGUCUGAGAUAGAAAAAUAUCAUGUCUGACUUUUGGAAACCUUGUAAGAUCUGCUGGAAAUAUGGUUUCAUUUUCUUUAUUUCAGUCAGAUUUGACUAAACAACAUUUCUAACUGUUUCUACUGUUGUCUUUACUGUCUGUUCUUGUUUCUAAGCAGGUUUUCAGUCUCUGAUCACCACAUCUGGACCUUGUUUGUUAUCAUCUUCUUCAGUAUAAAUGCUGCAGGUUUUCCUUUGUUCUCUUCCAGAUGUUCAUCAUUAUUUUCCAUGUAGCUCCACCUCAGCUCUGUUCCUUGUUUAGGUUUUGUUUUUAAUGACCUUGUUACUGCAACUGAUUUAAAAAUACAUGAAUAAAAGAAGGUUGUGAUUUUA